ACUAUAACCUGUCCAACAGUAUCUUCAAAAGCAGAGCAGAGAGGGGAGCAGGGCCGCUGCACCUUCCUCUCCCCAGGCCCCCCCACCCCCGGAGCAUCAGGAACCUGGCCCAGGGAAGCUCCAUGCUGCGCGCACAAAUCCACAAUUGCAGCCUUUAAUCCCAGUUUUACAGCAGGCAGAAAAGGGGAGGGUUGACCACUGCUCUUUGCAACCCCAUGUGCCUGCUUGGACCAUGGAGCUGCCCUGUCUUCCAACUGAGACCCCCACCUCAGCCAGCUCCUGUUCCACGGAUCCCCUGUACGACAACUGCCCACCUUUUGGCCAGCGGGACAGGGCCAGGGGAAAGGAAAUGGAGAGCAGGGCUGUGUUUCCUUUGGUAACCAGACUCCCAGGGCCCAGCAGCCCUCUGCCUGGUUUGGUCCCAGCUCUGGCUGAGGUUCAGACAGUGGUUGUUGGAGGAAGAGAGCCUGGCUCCUGGCCAGAUCGCAGCUACUGCAGCUGCAGAGGGAGCCUGGGAGGACAGGCCUGGGAGUCAGAUCUCAGUUCUAGCAAAAACAAAGGAGGAGGACAACGGGGAGUGGACUGGCAAGCAGAGGAUGGGGCUUCUCGGAGCCAAAGCCCCUGCCCGUCGCACAGCGAGGAGCAUCGCAGUGCUUUGUCUCUGUAUGACAACCUCACCGACACAGGAGUAGCUGACAGCUUGGAGGAGGUCUUCGACAUAGAGAUGAACUUGCAGGAGCAUUUUGACGAGCACGCAUACGCCUCAUGGGCCCCUGAACUCAUCCAAGGACUGAUGCAGGGCGACCCUCUGGGCAGAGAGAAGAACCUCUGGCCGUCUUGUGACAUCCUCCUUACCGAAGGCUGUUCUGGUAGGCAGUGCCAGAGUCCAGACCAAGACGAGAAGCAGGAGCCAGAGCUGGACUCAGGAUCCUGUGCUCAAGAGGAUCUGACUCUGUCAUUUCCACAGCAGCGCCUCGCAGAAAGUCCUCCGCAGCCAAGCCACAGCCAGGAUUUGUGGCCGGCUGCUGAAGCCAAGCACUUGAAGGAGGCACCGUUGUCUGUGAGGGUGCCCCCUCCGGUUCCCCUGGCUGACCCUUCUGCCAGCGCUCUGCGAAGCAUCCUGACAGGCCUCCAGCAGCAGAUAAUCAAGCAGAGGGAAGAGUACGAGGAGCGAAUAAUCAGCCUGGAGCAGAGAAACGAGGAGCUGGAGGUGGAGGUUGUUCGCCUGAAGACAAACCUGUCGCAGCAGCGCCACUGGUACCAGGUGGUCCAGGCCAAGAUCGAGGAGUCUGAGAGGGCCAAAGCUGCUGCAGAGCUCCGUAACGCAACGCUGCAGCGGGAGAUGGAUCAGUUCUUUGACACCUUCGGUGAGCUCAACAACGAGGCUAAAAAGACAGAAUACAUCGUCAAGAGUUUUUGAACCAAGUCAAACGCGGCGGCUUUGAUGGCGCGACCAGUCGACACGGACUGAUUCCUCUAGAGCUUUUCUGAUAAUGUAGCAAAAACAAAACACGUUCUUCCCUGUGACAGGAGCAUCUCAAUAAGUUAAAUGAUCAAAAAGUUUAUUUCAGUAAAAUCUCUCCAAAAGUGAUA